AUGACACGAAUCCACAAGAUCCACCCUACCAAGCCGUCAUUCACAUUUGUCGGAUCCGCAUUACCAAAUGCCAAUUAUGAUGGAAGAAUGCACAUAAGAUUAUUAUCAAGGACGAUCUUGGAUCCUAAGGUAUUUAAAAAUGACAGAACCAGUGCAAAUUACAUAAAGUACGGAUCUUUUAGCCCCGAUGGGUCCUGUUAUUUAUCCGUUAGCGAGGAUAAUACUAUCGUGUUGUAUCAUACGGACGAACGGUUAAUAGAAGCCAUCAAGGAAAACACAAAUCCAGAAUUAGACACAGAUAUAAUAGAAUCUAAGUUUGCAUUAAGGGUAGCAGUAAAAGAAGACUUUAGAGAUCUUUCCUGGUUCCCAGGUUUCAGUUGGAGUUACCCAGAUUCUUGCUGUUUCGUGGCAGCAUCAAGAAAUGGACCCAUUAUUUUAUAUGACGCCCAUUACGGGAAAAGACAUUUUUCAUAUAAGCCAAUAAAUGCUAGCGGUGAAAUCGCAGACACUUAUUCGCUCAGUUUCCAUCAUCUAGGGAAGUAUCUCCUGUCAGGAGGAAAUGCUGCCGUUUAUGUAUUUGACAUAGAGGCACCGGGAGAACACCUAGAGGUGCGCAAAUUGUCCACUCGGAGAGGUGGUGGUCAAAAGGGCAUUAUAUCUACCAUAGUCCAUAAUACUUGCGGAUCUAGCAAUAUUUAUGCUUGUGGUAGUUAUAAUGGUUCAAUCGGUGUGUAUGAUCACAAUGAAUCCAGAAACAAAAGCAUUUUUGGUGAUUUCGGUGAUCCUGAUAACCCAUUGGGUGCAGUCACUCAAUUAAAAUGGAAAGACAAGCAUAUGUUGGUGGUUGGUUGCAGAAGUGAUUACUAUUUGAGGAUUUAUGAUGUGCGCGGGGAUUGUUCUACUCCAAUACACAGAUUUUAUCGCCCUGUUGCAACUAAUCAGAGAGUCAUAUUUGACAUACGUGAAGAUUUAGUUAUAUCAGGCUCAACAUGCGGAGAUAUUUUAGUUUAUAGUAUUUUAGAAGACUCUGCAGUUACGUCAAAACAUAUUUCAAACUUGCCAGUAACCGUUUCCGUCUUUCAUCCAACACUCCCGAUUUUUUUGACAGGGAACGGCACCAGAUGCUUUGAUGAACACAACAUAAAUACAGAUAACGAGGAUAAACAUGUAGAAGAUGAUAUACAACUAAACAUGUGGUCAAUGGGGAUGUGA